CUAAGACGUUUAAAGCUGAGUAAGAGCUAGUCUCUGAGAAACUUUUUUUAUAUAUAUAUAAAAAUUACAUUCUGCAUCGGUCGCGGAAGCGCUUCCCUGACCGCAACAGAGAGAAGAGUCCAUUGUUCGGAUGGUAGAUUCAGAUGGCAUGUGUGAAAGAUAUAAAUGAAGACUGUUGUUUGUUUCUCCUUCCUUAUCAUAUACAAAUAACUCCUGAGCUUAUUUAUUGUAGGCCCACUGCUGUGAGGUAACACCAUGAAGAUAACACCAAGAGGCGUCCCUCUGAUUGUUUACCUGUUAAAGCUGCAGUGCCAAGCUUUUAUCGUCAGAGAAAUCUUAGUUAAUGAACCUGUGACCUUCCCGUGUACCUGCUCUGGAAACUGGCCAGUGGUUCUGUGGACCCGCUUCAUUCCCAGCAAAGCAGUCAUUGCUAAAUGUCACAGCCGGACAUGUUGGAUUGAACAGCAUUGUCAGAAAAGAUGUGCAGUAUCAGGAGAUACGAGCACAGGAAAUUUCUCCAUCAUGAUCAGGUCAGCUGCCUACAAUGAUGCUGGCUCGUACAGGUGCACCUGUGAUGGAGAUCCAGUUACUGAAGUAAAACUUAAGGUUUAUGUUCCGACAGUCGUGCAGGCUUUUGAGGGAGAGAACGUCACCCUCCCGUGCUACGGAGACACUCAGCAAGGAGUUAAAGAUGUAAAAUGGAGGAAAGGUGGACUAAUGUUUCUGCUGUACACUCAUGAAAACAGAUCUGUGACUACUGAGGAAGCCUCAGCAGGCAGAUUUAUGAUGUCAGUAGAAGGCUUUCUAGAUGGCGAUCUCUCGCUUCACAUCAGUUCAGUUCACCGGACUGAUGCUGGAUUUUAUCAGUGUCUCAUCCAUGAUGAAUCUCGGGAAGGAGAACCACGAGCUGUCUUACUGAAGAUAGAAGGGCUACAACAAUUAACCACCAAUGGCAGUGAAGUUGCUGUACUGGCUGUUGCUGUACUGGCUGUGCUACUUGGAUUGUCUCUACAGGCAUCAGUGUGAUCAUUCACAUUGUGAGAAGAUGCACACAAUCAAGAACAGGAACAGUUUAUAAGCAGACCAAUCUGGUACACUGCCCUCCUAAAUCUGGAAAAGAAGUGUAUUUGAAAUAUUACUGUGAAAUGGUUCUUUAUUCUGGUGCUCUUUUCAACAAAUGCAGUAUGACAUGGUUAGUUAUAUUUAGAUUUUUUUUUUAUAAUCACCUACAUAAUUUAUCAAGCAAGCACUGGGGGGGAUCUCCAAGCUGGUACAAUAUUUGAGUUAGUGUCUCUAGUGAUAUUGCUGACAGAAUAAAUUGUAGGGAGAACUGCACAAAAGAGGAACAAUCUACCCUGGACUGAGGUUUGUCAAAGUUAUAUCUACUAUAUUGACAGUAGAUAGAACUGAGCUGGUGUUCAGUCACAUUUUCUAUAUUUUCAGGCUCUUUUUGGGUUUGUUGAUGAACUGAUGUGUAAAGUCAUCCUAUUUAUU